AUGUCUUUGCGGAUCUUCCUGUCUGCACCUUCGUCUUCUCUCCCCUCACAUCCUCAGCUUGAAACCGCCAUCUAUCACCGGCAUAGAAUAAAUUUGAGAGAGCGGGCGUUGGAAAGUAUGCUGUGGUUCAAGUUAUGGGUCUCCCUAGGGGUCCUGAGGAUCGUACUCCGCGAUGGCUCUCAUGGGAUGGCCGAGGCGUUGUCAUGGGGAGGAGGCAGAAGAUCCUCAGCAAGCUUGGAGUUCGCCAAGGAAGAGAUAUUUAAUCCUACUCUACCCAGAAAGUCUCGACUGCCCAAUAUCUACGCCGUCGCCAUGGGUGAACUUCAGGAGCUUGAGUCUGAGCCGCUCUGCCACAGGAUCGCCGCUCGCUUGCUCGUCAACAAUUGCCAGCUUCUUGACGGCAAAGACGACGCUACGGUUCUCACAGACAGUGGACGUCAAGUCAGAGACUUUGUCGACUCGUAUGCGGCAAGUUUGGCUAUCUGCGAUCUGGAGAGGGGCCGCUUCGUCAUCCCCUCUGCCUGUUUCAAGUUCCGUGAAGACGCCUUAGCUCGAGUUCCCGUCCCCGAUACUCCUCGUCUCCAUGUUUCAUCGCAGGAAAUUGACUCGUGUCUUUCCGGUCUGGCUCAGUCAGAUUCCGCCUGGAACACCUGGGUCAGCUAUCGUCAUAAAUCUCUUAGGUUCUGUGAGGCCGCUCGAGCAGACAAUGAAAAAGCCCAGAGUCUCUAUCUCUACCAGCGACUCACUCAAGUUCUCGAGAAGCUCACAGAAGGCGUAGAGGCGGAGCUCGAAAAACAUUGGCAGCUUCAUGAUAUCAAGGUCAGAGAGGCAUUGGCACACCUAGAUGAUCUUACUCCUCGGGUCGAUCGUCUUCGAGAUAAUGGUUCUGCUGAUAUUGCAAGGGAAAGCGUAGAGAGCGCGAGGUCUCUCCAGCAGCUCAUUACAAUUCUCCUUAGAACGGUGCUUGAAAACAGUGGCGCAGUUGCUGCAGCUCAUGAGGGGGCUUUACAGGAAGUUUCACAGCGAGCAAAUACCGAAAUAUCCGUGGUCAUGGCGACCCUUACGGCUGCUGCUGCGACCAGCGCUGCUCUGUAUGAUCAGCUGGAACUCUCGCGCCUCCGCGCUACGGAACUCGAAGACCGACAGACCCAUCUUGAGCAGCUCCUCGAUCAGGCCCAAGAGAAAACGGAUGGAAUCUUACAGACUUUGAAAGAGGCAUCGGAAUCUGCGUCAGCUGUUCAGCUCUCUUCGUUGAAGUCGGGAUGGACCGGCUGGUGGCCUUUCUUCGUUUGGCUCCAUGUCUCUGUCCUGGGCUUGACAAUAAGCUUACAAUCUCUCAUACAGGUGAAUUUGCCGGACUCGCAGUCUCUCACACCGAACGAUAUUGCCCCCAUGGCUUCGGGGGGUCUACGGCGGCGAAAAGACGUGUUUCAUCAUCUUUCUUCGAAUGGUUAGUCGGGGGUGCGGGCCAUCGUUUAUACUGGGUCGGUCAGGCGGUUCAGGCCAGGUCGGCAAUGGGGAUCUUCUCGAAACGAUGGGUGCUGAUGCAAUUUGUUCUUCGCGGGCUCCGCUGUAGUGGGAGAUAGAGGUCGUUUAGGAAGGGUGCACAAGGAGAUAUGAUCUGGCAUGGGGCUCUUUUCGCAACACGUUCCGUAUUUUGGCCAUCGCAGCGGCGCCGAGAUCUAUUCACCAUG